UUGUGUACGAUAGUUUAAUGUUAAAACAUCAAUGUGUUUGUGGUAGCAAUGCUCAUCAUCCUGAACAUGGUGGUCGCCUACAAAGUGUAUGGGCAAGGUUACAGGAAACCAGUCUUCUUAAUAGAUGCGAGAGAAUCAGAUCCAGGAAAGCAACACCUAGAAGAAAUCCAGUCUUGUCAUAGUGAAUCAUAUACUCUCUUAUUUGGGGCCAAUCUUUUGAAUCGACCGAAACUUGAUGCCAGCAAACUAGCUGAUCUUCCAAUGAAAAAUUUUGUGAUGUUGCCUUGUGGUGGCAUUGGUGUAGAUUCUGACACAACCUGGAAUGAUCUACACACAGCAAGUGCUGCAAGAAUGGCUGCUGGAUGUGCUGUUGAAUUGGCCAUGAAAUUAGCAACAAAUGAAAUAGAGGUAUUAUUAAUAUCUAUAUUUUAAUGCUUGAUAGUUAUGCAAUACAAUGAUAAGUUUAUUAUCAAUCAUCAUACAGAAAAAUGUUACUAUAUAAAUAAC